UGAUGUGUGUGGCAAAGUUGACUGUGCACAUUGCACAUGCAUGACAGGGUGAGUGAAAGUUUGAUAUUAUUUAUGGAGCCUUAUUUAUCUCUAUUCGAGAUGCAUUUGUACAAAAUUCACAUUAAUUUUGUGUGGAAAAUGAAUUAAUCAAUGACAGUUAUGUUUUAACAUUGUAAAUGCAAGCAGUGGACAAUGUUGUAAUGGAUAUGGAAUAUCAGUUGUAUUUUGCAAUCACAUUGAAGUCAUUUAAUUCGAAAUUUAGUAAAAUUUGUCAUGAUAAUUGUACAGGUACAAUUUAUUUUCAGACUUGGAGAAGUAUGUUCUCAUGUUGCUGGUAUUUUGUUCAAGAUAGAGGCCUGUGUUCGUCUUGAGUUCAAUAAAGUUGCUUGCACAUCAAUGCCCUGUAAAUGGAAUCAAAACUUUACUCAAAAGGUUCAGCCAGCACUUGUUGAUGACAUUUGCUUCUCUAAAGCCAAGAAGGAUCAGAUACCUGCACCAUUGCCUGCAAUACCAGAAGUUACCUUUGCCGACACUUCAAACCUAAGAUUAAAACUGAGAAACAGUGUUCCAAAUGCUGUACUUUUUAGCAUUACUCACCCUGUCAUUACCGACUGGACUCAGAUACAAAAUGAAGUUCUGCCUUCACCAUUAACUGUUCUCUAUGAUGAAAAAAAUAAGUUUUUGUCUGAACAAAGUCUACAAAUUUUGUGUGAGAAUGUGUUUUCAGAUCAGCUAAAGGUAACCGUUGACGAGGUUGCAGCACUAGAGAAGGCAACAGUUGGUCAGAGUAAAUCGCCAACCUGGUUUGAGCACCGAGUGGGACGUUUAACAGCCUCCAACUUUGGUAGUAUUUUUCAUUGUAGAUGUAAACCAGAUCAGCUUUCCUUAUUGGAAAAGAUCAUGCAAUACGACCAGACUACAGACACUGAAAACAAUUAUUGCCGAACUGGGAUGCCAGUUUCUUGUGAAUGGGGUCUAAAGCAUGAGAAAGAUGCUCUUAAACACUACCAGUGCCUUAUGAUGUCAUCUCAUUUCAAUCUUGCCUUAAGUAAUUCAGGUUUAGUUGUGAACCAAGAUUUUCCUCACUUAGGUGCAACUCCUGAUUCUUAUUUGUCAUGUGAUUGCUGUGGGCGAGGACUAGUAGAGGUGAAAUGUCUCUAUAAAUAUAAAGAUGAACAUCCAUGCAAGUUGGCAGACCAACAGUUCUUCCUGAAUCCCCACACUAUGUCAAACCCACUCUGUAGCAAUGCACUUAAGCUUUCUCACAAUCAUUACUAUCAAAUUCAAGGACAGUUACAUGUAUGUAAUCUUGAAUUUUGUGACUUUGUGGUGUGGUCAUCUAAAGGUCUUCAUGUAGAACGAAUAUUUAAGAAUAAGACAAUAUGGGAUACUUUGAAAGUCAAACUGGACUUUUACUUCUUGCAUGUAGUUCUACCAGAACUUCUCACAAGAAAGAAUGACCCCAAAAUGGAACACGCUUGUCCAACCCCAAGAAAAAAACGGCCACGUAAAGUAUGAACAAAAACACUAUAAAACGUGGGUAGUUGACAACUGUAUUUACAUGAACAUCUGGCCAAGGGAGGUAAUAUUGCAAUUUUCUUGUCAAAUUCUAUAAUGCAGUUAUUUUACAAUUUUGACCAAUGUUGAAGUCAAAAUAUGUUUGUAUUUCAGGCCUUAUACAAUCAUAUACAGAUUGAAUACACAGACGAUUUUAACAGAGUAUCAUGCUUAGACAUUGCAUUGUAAAUGUAUCGUGAUAGUUUUAAGUUGAUACAGUUAUCAUUAGAAGACAGGAAUUGUUUAAACGCUACAGUAGGUGACUUGGAUAUGUACCAAACUACCAUUCAGGAAUAUAUUGUUUACGCAAAUGUAAUUAAGAUGGACAGACAAAUAAACAUUGAAAUAUCUACUUUACACAAUGGGCUAAUUCUAAUACAUGUCGAUCGACAUACAUCUUCCUUCAUUUACCUAAAGGAAUCAUAUUGUGGGCUUUUAUCUCACACUGAGUGCCAAUCUUGAUUAAACAUAUUGAUAGGAGUUUUCUCAGAAUUGAUACAAAGAGAUUCACAUUGCCAGAUGAGUGGUUUACCCACAUGAAACCAUAACCAUGAGAAAAUAUGUUUCUUACAAGAGAUGCCCAUGUUACUUUAGCCAAAUCAUCUAGAUGAACAAGCAUAUUGUAAGCAUUUGGGUAGUCUAUUUUCAUGCAUAUAUACACUUUUUAGUCAGUAUUUUAUGCAUCUAAUAUAGGAAUUGACAUACAAGGGAUAUCUGCCACAGCCUGCAUAUACCAUAUAUGUUGGUGUUGACUCCCACACCAAGAAACUUUUUACACACCACUAGAUGUACUCUUUUGAUAAUUUCAAAAUGCUGGAAUCCUCACAUCUUGGAUACGUAGAGUAAGAUAGGCUCUAUUUGUGAACAAAUAGCUUCAAAAUAUUUUGAGCGUCAACACGCCAAAGUUAUGCAUCAUACACUAUAAACUAAUUACUGCUUUCCUGGUUCUCAAGGCUAGUUCAGCAACCAAUUUUUUCAAAUUAAUGGUUGUAUGAAACAUAAAACCAAAUUAUGUGUGCAGAUUUCUUACAGUUACAGGUUGAUUUACAAAACACCAUCUAUAUCUUUCUGCAACUGGCCCACCAUUUUCUGAAAAUUAUUAUAUGUGUUACACAUACACAUACACAUGAGUUCAAUGUCUUUGUAUAACAUUCUAACAUAUACAAUUGUGUCGGAAGCCCAACAACUGAUUCUGGUCAAAUAAUAACAUCGUCAGAUAAAAGUAUUAACAUUCUAUUAGAUAUUUCUUUGCACUUAUCUACUGAAGAUAUUAAUAAAUACAAUUUAUAUGA